AUGAUCAGCCGUGAGACAACUUCAGUUCACGGCCAAUCCGAAAUGUUAAUAGAAGUUUUAAAAACUGAACAAGAAUUGAAUAAUAAAACGUUGAAAAAUUUAUAUAAAAUUUCUUUUAUGACUGGAGUUAAUAUUAAAUACAAAACCGAUUUUAAGGAUCCAAUAAAACUUGUUAACUUAUUUCUAAUAACAAUUUCUUUGAUGGGCUUAUGUGCUCAAUAUUGCUUGGUAUGGCACAAUCGUCACGAAUCUUUCGUCGAGUCUGCCGAUGCCAUUUGUACCGCCAAUCAAGCUUGGAUAUCCAUUUUUAAACUGAUAUAUCUUGUGUUUGUCCAGCACAAGUUCUACGAUCUUUUGCAUGCGGCUACCGAUGGUAAUCUAUUGUACGACUUAGGAGUCUUUGACUUGGCCAUUAACUGCAAGGAGCAAUUAUUAAAAGAGGUUAAGGGUAUCUUGCGCGACUCAUGGUUGGAUAUACGAAGACAAUUGAAUUUCUUCACAUUCUCAUGUAUGAUGGCCUGCGGUUUUUAUAUGUUUUCCUGUUUAUUUGUUAAUUACUACUAUAUGCAUAUAAAUCCUCAAAAUUUUACUUUGCAAUUGCCAAUGCCGGCCUUAUUUCCCAUGUGGCAUGAUUACGGUAUGACUUGGCCUUACUAUCCAAUACAGUAUAUUAUUGUCGGUAUUGAGAAUUAUAUUUGCGGCAUGUGCGCUGUUUGCUUUGAUGGAAUUUUCAUAGUCGUUGUAGUACAUUGCUCCGCUUUGUUUCAAAUUUUACAUCAACUCUUGCAGCAUGCCACCGAUAAGGACAUACCACGUUCACAAAGAGUUAAAUAUCUUUUAUGUUGCGUACAAUUGCAUGAACGGAUUUACAAUUAUUAUGCGAAAAUUAAUAGUAUGUACAAAAAUGCCAGCUUAGCCCAAUGCUUGUUAAGUAUGUUGGUUUUGUGCGUUGUCAUGUUUAUGGCUAAUGUCGGUCUAGAGGAGGAUAUCACGUUAUUCUUUAAAAUGUUAUGUUUUCUAAUGGCUGCCGGCUUUCAAAUUGUUAUAUACUGUUAUAAUGGUCAGAAAAUUAUAACACAGAGUGGAAGGUCUCCUUCAUGUUGGUAUAAUUGCUGUUGGUAUAAUGAAUCGCCACAAUUCCAAUAUAUUAUUAAUAUGAUGGUUUUAAGAGCUAAUCGUACUUUAUAUUUGCAAGUCUCUGGCUUUACUACGAUGUCGCACAUGACUUUAUUAUCGAUUGUUCAGACAAGUGGUUCAUAUUUCUUGCUAUUAAGGAAUUUAAGCGGCAUGGAUUAAUUUCCUUCAUUCGUG